UGCAGAUUCGGAUUCAUGGGCUCAAAAUGCACCAAGAAGCCCAUCAAACUCUAUCGGCCCCUUCUGAAAAAAGUUGAGUGUUGCUACGAAAAUUUUUGUUGGCGUACGAAAAGAUUUUCGUAGUACACGUACACUAGGGUUGGCGAUCGAUUGUUUAAUAAACACCGUUUCUGCUGCCGGAGGUAAAGCCUUAAGCCGUUGUCAAAUAUCUCCCCGCCUUUUAUUACGGGGAAACUUUUGAUAAAAGCUAAAUCCUCCGAGCGUCGAAUCUAUACGGUGAUAAUAAAGCUUUAUUUCGAAGGAAUAUAAUAACACUAAUAAUAACAACAAAAUUAAUACCAAAAUUAUUCGCUACUACGCGAGUUCGAGUUCCACAUCGGAUUCGUCAACAACUUUUCUCCUCUAUUCCGAAUUUCGGUUUACUGAAAAUAAAUAUUCGUGUGUCGGUGGUACUCGUAUUACAUCGCCCCGGGGCAAAUCUUCCUGAAUCGUGUGUGUAAUACUCACCUCAAGAAUACGCUGAACAAUAAAAAUGGAAGAAGACGAAGAAAAAGGAUGAAAUUAAAAUGAAUGAACACCAAAAGCGUUGAAGAAGCUCGUGCUCAUGGUUUGAAUUCUCAUACCCUGCGGGUGUGUAAAACGAAUCAAGUUCGGUUCACGAGACGACCGAUGGAUGUACAAAGUAGAACGAAAAUAAAAUGAAGCAACCGUAAGAAAAUUAUGAAAAAUAAACGAAGAAAUUAACUUCGCGAUCACUCGGCGAUCGGAGGAGCCGACGAGCAAAUCUCUCCGUCAUAACUCGAUUCCUGGUGUACCAAUAAAAAAUCAAUAAUCGGCGGGGACCUUAAAUCUCAAUUUCGUCUCUUAUCCCACUAUAGAUUUAGGUAAUUUCACGAAAUGACUACCGCCUACACCCCCAACCCCCCUGGAUUGAUCUUAUCUACCUACCCAGAAUCCCCAACACGGAGCCCGAUCAUUCGCCCUUAUUUAUUCGCGGGGGUUCUAGAUGCGAUCGAGCCCUUCGUCAGAAACCAACCACCUCCACCUCCACCUCCACCGUCGACACCGACACCCUUACCACCCCCUAUUUUCCUACACCACGCGGACGGUAUCCUCGGACAUCGUCGGUCGUCCGUAUGGGUGCGGUACGAAUCGCGCAUAACUGCACACCUCUACUCGCGUGGAAAAGCUCCGUGCAUAGGUAUGUUUUGUAUCGGUGUUGUGCGUUACGUCGAGUAGUUGUACACUUGUGUACGUAAGUACGUACAACGUAGGGACAAUGAUAUAACGUUAUCGUCGUCGCAGGACGGCACGCGUGUAAAUCGUUAAGGCGCAUGUGUCGAUUUUGCCGACCUGACGUCACCUCGGUCUGCGGGACCCGCGCGCGCGAGCUCAUUCUAAGGUGGACCGCGCUUUCGUUCGGACGUGGAGCGAGUGACGCCGGUUUAUUUGAAUUUAAAUAUCAUACCGAUGUGAUCAUCGACCCCUCUGUUCGUUAUACCGACGAAUACUGGUAAGUAGUGGAUCGAGCGAGUUUCGCUUGAUCGGGACACCGGAGGUACUCAGGAAUAUUUUCAUCCCCUUGUUUUACGAUUCAGUGUGCAGUGCGGAGUGAAAGUAAUUGAUUAUCGCUACCGAUCGUCAUCCGAUCUCAAGUAUUGUGCGUUUGUUGAAUGUUGAAGGAAAACUAAUAUUUCCUCAAAAUCGACGUACUUUUUUCUUCCGACUCGACGAAACGUUCAUCAAUCGUCGAAUUGACAAUGAGGUACGGAUGAAUCUUUGUAAAUUGUCCGAUUAUGGCUUCGUGAAGCACAACGUGCUCCGUUCGUUGGUUACCCUACCGGUGUGCAGUGAUUAUUUUACCGAAUAUUCUGCCAUCCGUUGGAUUUGGACACCGUCGACGUCGUCGCCCCGGUGAUUUUCAUCAACCCUGGGACAUUCUUUGAGGAUUUUCAUCCCCCUCGACGAGCUCCUUCGACGCUGACGCACUCCGGUCGUCACAGAUCAGCAAGAUUACGAGUGAUAGUGGUAUAGUUGGGAUCACGAUGACGAUGGACGUGAGUAAAUCGGAGACGAAUAAAAACGGCUCCACGCAACAGGAGUGCGCCGGUUGUGGGAAAACAAUCACGGAAAGAUAUCUCUUGAAAGCUCUGGACCUCUACUGGCACGAAGACUGUCUGAAAUGCGGCUGCUGCGACUGCAGACUGGGCGAAGUUGGCUCCACUUUGUACACUAAAGCUAACUUAAUACUCUGCAAAAGAGACUAUCUGAGGCUCUUCGGCAACACCGGAUACUGCGCGGCUUGCAGCAAGGUCAUACCCGCCUUCGAAAUGGUCAUGAGGGCCAGGGCGAACGUGUACCAUUUAGAGUGUUUCGCCUGCCAACAGUGCAAUCACAGAUUUUGCGUAGGGGAUAGAUUUUAUCUCUGCGAAAACAAGAUAUUGUGCGAGUACGAUUACGAGGAAAGGUUGGUUUUUGCCAAUAUGGCGUUACAUCCGCCAGCCUCUCUUGCUCACAUCAAAAGGCAGUUGCCUCCUACGCCAACACCGUCGGGACAAAAUAUGCAUCCGAGUCACAGUCCCAUGCAACAUCCGCACCAACCACCGGGUGCCAUGGCUCAGGGUAUCGGACAGCACAAUCACAUCUCAAACGGUCAAAUUUCCGGAGGUACGCCCAGUCUCAAUGGGACUAUAGGCGGCCCAAGGGGACCCGGUGACAUGAACAAUAACGGAUUAUCCGGCCCGGGAAUCGGGUCCGUCAAACCACCGCCCAUGUCGAUGUCGGCACCCACCAGCUGAGACGAGGCCGCCGCGCCACCGAUGAAAAAAUUAAGGUGUCUCGAUGGUUACUAAUGCAAGACCUUUGAAAAUGUCGAUUUAUAACCGACGUGCAUUGUGGCGCUCCGAUAAGGGUACGAAAAAACGUACCGGCGUUACUCCCCACCCUCCUUGAACGGGGGAGACCAUGAGAUCCGAAAUUCGAGUUGGAUCGAUUUUUUUUUUUCAAAUUUAAUCGUUCGUCUCAAUCCAAAGCAGUCGAUUUGGUACAUCGAUUCACUUUUAUUCAGUGAUUUUUUUUUUUUUUUUUUGGUUGAUUCUUCUUUUUAUGUGAUUGCGGGUAAUUGGCCUAUGUGUCGUUACUUUUUGAAUUACGAUUAUUUUCGAUGUGCGAGAGAGGGUGAGAAACCUCAAAAUCGUUACGGACAGCCAUUUUGUCGUGUGAGGAAGAGGCGAGGAGCUAAUUAUAUGAAAUAAAUUGUAUAAUACGCGGUAUAUACAUAUGAUAUGUAAUAAUUUUAUGUAAGAUAAUUAUUCAACGUAUAGAAGAAGACGAGAAAUAUAAAAAAAAAAGAUAAAAACAAAUUGUAAAUAUCCGUAAUAGCUGUAUAACGACGGUUAAUUUUAAGCGUAAAAAUACGAGUAUACGGCCAUAUACUAUAUUGUUUUUAUAUAUAGUUAUUUUACGAAUUCACGGUCUGUUCGACGUAUGAUGUAUAACGGUGGAAAUUAUUAUGUAUAUAUUCGUCCGUUCCGCUUAUCGUAUAGUCGAGUGGGGAAGUACUAUAUAAAAUUGUUUCACGUAUUAUUAUGUAUUAAUAAUAACAUUAUAAUUGUUAAUUAAUCGGUUAAAUUAACGACAAACAGACUGUAAAAUCUGCGUGCCAUGACGCUCAGAACAACAAUUAUUUUCAGGGCUAUUCACCCAAUAAUCAUAUUAUAACGUAUUAUAAUAUACCCGAACGUACGGCCCGAAGAUCUUAGUUAUAAUUUUCACAUUCGAAUACAGUUUUAAAUAUGUGGUUAUGAAAAUUCUACUGAAGAAUUUUCAAGGUUUAUUAGAACCCGGUACAGACGACGUGGGUUCCAUACAGCUAAUACCAAAGAUUACGAUGUAAGAUAAAACGCCCUUCGAUAAAAUAAGAAUUUAAACGAUUAAAAAAAAUGACAAAAAAAAAAAUUUACUAA